AAGCGACUCACCACAGUGUAGCCCCGGCCCGAGUUCAAUGGAUCAAACCUCGGCCUCGUUGCUCGUUCGUUGUCGCACGCUACUAUCCCAUCUUUGUUCAGAUUCCCGAUGGCCGCUGUGGGAGUCUCUGUUGUUCGGAAUAACCACCGGAUUGCCAGAUCUCAAAAGUGAUCCGUCCUUUCUGGCCCAUCGCAUACUUGAACACCUUGGUGAAUUGGACGGGACCGUGAUUGCCGCUCCGUUCCGCGACGUCCGCAGUUGGCAGCGCGAAGUAUUUGACUUGACCCCGUCUGAGUCCUAUACGGCUGCUUUCACCAAACUGGUCCUUUUGUUGGAACAGACGAAGUCAUGUUCCGGUAUGGCCCUCUCUGGACACGGACCAAACAUAUCCAUAGAACAGGAGAAUGGCGACUCGAAGAUCUCGAACGCCGAAACCCAUCUGCCUUUAUCCACUGGAGUGAACACGUGUGCGCACACUCAUUCUAGAAGUGGCCUCUUCGGAGUUCGGGUGCCUACAUUCGGUGUGAAUUUCCUUGCCCAAACACUGACGGAGUUCAUUGAGACCAAACUGCAUUUCGCGCUGAGCCUGUUGGUCCUGCUCAUCCGAUAUCAAUUGAACCCGACGCUUCCAGAUUAUACAUACCAGGGAGGUACAGGCAUUCGUGUUCUGUGUGACGACUUAAUAAUGCGAUUAACUCAGUUGAUUCACGCCCUACGAAUCCCACGCUGGCUUGGUCGGACGCGAAUGGCUGCGCUACCGGAGUCCAAAAAGCUAUCUGAAAUUCGGGAACAUUUAAAUAUAUUGGGUCUCGCGCGGAGCGAGUCAAGAGAUGAUCCGAACUGUGAGCUGAUUGAGCUAGACGCGAACAUAGCAACGCAAUUUCCGGGUGCGACGUUACUGGAACAGAUUUUAUUCACUUGGUUAUCCGAAGUUCCUGCGUCACAGUGGUUGCCGGCUACCGAUGAAAAUCACGCCCGUCUGGUGGAGCGUCUCGUCCGACCGUGGGCGCUUCGAUGUGGAGUGUUGUUACCUCGCCUGUCGGUAGAAUUGAAUCCGCUCACCAAUUACGGACUGGGUCUUGCCCGUGUAUAUCGGCAUUUACUUCUCGGUGGACGUGCAUCUGCCUUAAUUCAUCUGAGUCAUUUGCUCGCUCCGUCCGAUCGCACGCCCAUCGACGUUGCUUCCAGACAUUUUGAUUGUGAUGAGGCUGAAUCGGCAAAUGAAGAUGUGGACAGUUGGUAUUGCAAUGUGGACCAUUCCUUGUUGCACUUGUGUGUUGGUCUGGCACGGAUUUGGCUGGACCAACCGGAGCUUGCCAAGGAAGAGUUCAUUGAAGCGUCCACCUGGUUGCAUUGGUACAUAGAGGCUUCUGCUAAUGAGAGCAGCGGUAACAGUUCAAUGGCUCCAUUUUGUCGAUCUGUUGUCACUCCGCCAGGCUUGAACGAAUUGUUGCUAUGCUCCUUGUUUGCCAAAUCGUUUGCCCCGGAUAAGCUCUACUGCACUCCCGUGUAUGGAUUUUCACCAGACGAGGCCCAGCUGCGUUUUCUUAUGAAGGUCAUGCCCGUGCUAGAGGCCAAAGAUUGUGUCGCUCAAGUGAUCAAUUUGGUUGAGUUCGCUUUAAAUCGAUUGGCCAGUGUUCGUCUUGUUCCAAGCGUGAGUGGCGAACUGAGCACAACUAUGCAAGCCCCCUGGUUACGUCGCGUUACCACAGUUUUAACCGGUUUACAUGCUCACCACGACGGUUCAGACGAGGGUUUUCUUUGCGAACCGGUUCCGGAUGAAAAUCUUUUUGAUCGAUCAACGAUGACGGGUAAAUUAUAUAUUCGUCUUGCUGACCUGGAGGCUGCCCUCUGGACCCGCAUGUUCAAGCAUCAGCUUGCAUUGGGUGAUUACACGCGAGCGUUUAUGCUCAUUCGUAGCAACCCGGACUCGGCCAGGUAA